GUGCCCUGUUGGCUGUGGCCUGUGGUGCCUCUUCCAGUCUGGCUGCUUCGGGGAGUUCGCCCGCCGUCUCCUCCGGGCGGUGACCUCGACCAUUCUCCCACCUCCUCUCGGGCCUAUCUUUGCUUCCCAUUGCGACUCUCUUCCCGCUUCUGCUCUUCCAAUCCCGAUCCCGGCGCAGUAGGACGCCCAGGUAUUUGUCCCGCGGAGACCAACAAACAACUUCCUCCCUUCCUCUCCCGAUUCUCUCCACCUUCGUCUUUUUCCUUCUCUCCCCUUUUCGCCUCCUUUUUAGCGCUCGGUUUGAGCUAUCUGAUGCCGAUGGGUUAUCGGUACAAGGCUUGAAUGAAUCUUCUACCUCGUGUAACCUUUUUUUCCUCUCGACAUUCCUUUUUUUUUCAUUGCCCUGUUUUCUGCUGGUCAUCGGAUGCCGUUAGAUUUGAGGUUACUGUUUCAUUGCGCUUUUUUAUUCCAUAUCCGUCAAGCAGCAAUUUGUUUGGUAGGGUUUUAGCCCUUGGAGGAAUGAGCAUUGUUUGUUUGUUUUUUUUUUUUUUUGUGGAGAUUUUAUUGGAGAUAGCUAGGGUUUUAGUUUGGAUUUUGAAAACAGCCGCAAUGCUGACCCAAAGCGUGCAGGUAGCUCGUAUUUCGAAAUCGCAAAUGGAAUGUUUAGAUUUUACCAAAAGACAUUUUUUUUUUUACAUGGAGCAAUUUGUAGUUUAGUUUAUUAUCCACUAGGAAUUAUGCAUUCGGAUUUACUUUUGCAUGGUCAAUUCAUAUACUCGGAUUCUGAAAUGUAUGCAUCUUGACGCAGAAAUUUCUCUGUAACCUUUCUAUCAACGUUAUUUUCUUUCUUUGUAAUAUCCAUGUUCGUGGUUUUGGUUCCAUGACAGACAGAAGAAAGCGAUUUGCACUGGUAAUUUUUAUGUAAUAGAAGGAAAAAGAUAACAACAAUUUGUUUCAUCAUGUCUGGGUCGGUUCCCCUCCCCCCUCGAUAUCCCUUUUCGAGUAGGAGUGUGCCUCGCCGAGCAUUGGACUCUACACCUCAUACCACUCAGAAAGAUGAUAACUUAUGUGCACAACAGCCCAUUUUUCCUCCCUAUGAAUCAUCCUUAGAUGAGCAACCAAUAUGGCUGGAUGACCUGUUAACUGACCAAGAGGCUAGUAGAAGAGGAGGGAUCUCUCUGCGGAGAUCAUCAAGUGAUCCAGUGAGACUUUUGGAUGUAGCUAAAAGUUUCCAUGGUUCCAUAUAUCCAGUCAUUGAAGAAGAUGCCCUGUCUGAUGGCUUCAUCCUCGAGUCCUUGGACUCUGAGGGAUCCUGUGGAGUUGAUUGUGGAUUUGAGGCUGGAAACUGUGUCUAUGGACCAAAUUCCCCUAGGCAGAAGGGUAAGUUAACUGACUCAGAGAGCUCAAUGAUUGCCUCUCUGCUGGAAAAUGCUCCCAGCAACCCACUAAAAUACUUGAAUGUGGAUUUCCCAAGCACAUCUGUUUUGAAUGAGCCACAUGGAAAAGAAGAUCAGGCACCAGUAAAUCCUGAGACUGAGAAGAUAACAAGAAGGCGCUCAGGUCAACGAUCUAGGGUGCGUAAACUUCAAUAUAUUGCCGAACUAGAGAGGGAUGUCGAUUUGCUUCAGACACUGGGAGCGGAUUUGGCAUCUAGAGUUGCUUCUAUGUUUCAGUACCGUCUUGCUUUGUCUAUGGAAAACAAGAAUCUGAGGCAGCAUAUUGCCGGUGUUCGGCAAGAGAAACUUGUGAAGGAGGCUCAACAUCAAUCUCUGAAGAAUGAAGCGGAGAGGCUGAGGAUGAUUUGUGGACGUCACCGGAGGGCUGCGUCUUGUUUUGAGGUCCCUUCUGCAGUGGAUUCAUCAUCAGUAGUAAAUUGGCAAAUGCUGGACUUUGGAAAAAUGGCUUUUGGUAGGAGCCAAUCUUCUUUGAAGCCCAAUUUUGGAUAAUGAAGUAGACAGUAUUCUACCUUUGGGGAUGAAGAUUUGGAACCGCAGCUUCCUUUUGGAUUUCCUAAACAAAGUAACUCCCUGUUUGGCUUUACACACGGCCCUUGCUUUUCAUCUUUCUUUCCAAACUCAGUCGCAUAACUUUUGAUGGAUAUGCCGUCCAUUGUUUGAACUGGUGAGCGAGGGAGAAAAAGGUUUAAUAUAAUGUUUUUAUGUUCACAAGCAAGCCAUUAGGUAAAAAUAUGUUGACAAGCAAAUCGCCUGUUAAAUGCACGGGCAA